GGGCUCUGGCGGCCGGAGGGGGCGGCCAUUUUCCCGCAGAGUGCAGCCUUGGGGUCCUCCUGCUGGCGGCGGCGGCGGCGGGGACUGACAGGCGGCACGGCGUCUGCGUCUGGGCUGACAAGCGGAAGAGGCGCCUGUGGCCGCCGCCGCCGCCGUCGGCGUCCCCGCCGGGAGAAUGUUUUCCUUCUCAACCGUGCAGCCUCAGGCUACUGUUCCUCUGAGUCACCUUAUCAAUGCCUUUCAUUCACCGAAAAGCUCCACUGCUCCUGCCAGCACAACAUCUGUACAGCCUGCCCAGAGGGACACCUCCCCAGAGAAUGAUCCUCAUAAGAGUGAGUCUCUACUUACUUUAAGAGAUCUGGGCUUGUCUGAUUUGAAAGCUCGUCAGUUUAAAGAACUGAUGAACAGGUUGCUUCCUGGCUACAGUGCAGAAAACAAAGUCUCUUCACAGUGGCAUACAUCACACAUCUCUGCUGAGUCCUUCUUUGAAAAUAAGCAUGGUUUUGUGGAUAUUUUCAGUGCUUUACGCUCGCCUUGUUUGUACAGACAGCAUCCUAAUCCCCUCCAAAAUUUCUGUUCGGGUGUUCAGUGUUGGCCAGUUUACACACAAUCACGGACCUUUAAGACUUUGAGAUCAAGAACAAGACGUCUGCAGUCAACAUCUGAACAAUUCACAGAAACAAAAAAUUCACUUUCUUCCCUUCUGAAGGGCUUUAUCCUGAGAAAGCGAAGAAUUGACAUUGAAAACUUGGAUACGCUCAUGAAAACAAAAAACAUCCCAGAGGCACACCAGGAUGCUUUUAAAACUGGUUUUGCAGAAGGCUUUUUGAAAGCACAAGUAUUCCUGCAAAAAACACUUGAUUCUUUAAGAAGAUCACGUUUGCUUUCUUUCUUUCUCUUUGUUCUUUGUUUUUAUCUUGCUAUAUAUUCGUCAUUUUUACCUGGGAAAGGCUCCUUUUCUGAUGCUGUACGCUUUCGAACAUCGAGUAUCUUUGAUGCUGCAGUUGAUCCAAUCCAGCUGAAAAAUGUCACCUUUGAACAUGUAAAAGGGGUUGAAGAAGCUAAACAGGAAUUGCAAGAAGUUGUGGAAUUCCUGAAAAACCCACAUAAAUUUACUGUUCUAGGAGGUAAACUUCCAAAAGGUAUUCUGUUAGUUGGACCUCCUGGUACUGGUAAAACUCUUCUUGCACGGGCUGUAGCUGGUGAAGCUGAUGUUCCAUUUUAUUAUGCAUCUGGAUCCGAGUUUGAUGAGAUGUUUGUUGGUGUAGGAGCUAGUCGCAUCCGAAGCCUAUUCAGGGAAGCCAAGGCAAACGCACCAUGUGUUAUAUUUAUUGAUGAGUUGGACUCAGUUGGUGGGAAGAGAAUUGAAUCUCCAAUGCAUCCCUAUUCAAGACAGACAAUAAAUCAACUUCUUGCUGAAAUGGAUGGGUUUAAACCUAAUGAAGGUGUUGUUAUUAUUGGUGCAACAAAUUUCCCUGAAGCGUUAGAUAAUGCUUUAAUACGGCCUGGUCGCUUUGAUAUGCAAGUUACUGUUCCCAAGCCUGAUGUAAGAGGCCGUACAGAAAUUCUCAAGUGGUACCUUAAUAAAAUAAAGUAUGAUCCAUCUGUUGAUGCAGAAAUAAUCGCAAGAGGCACAGUGGGAUUUUCUGGAGCAGAGCUUGAGAAUCUUGUAAACCAAGCUGCACUAAAGGCAGCUGUUGAUGGAAAAGAAAUGGUAACCAUGAAAGAACUAGAAUUCUCCAAGGACAAAAUUCUAAUGGGACCUGAGCGCAGAAGUGUAGAAAUUGAUGAGAAAAACAAAACUAUCACUGCUUACCAUGAAUCUGGACAUGCCAUCAUUGCCUAUUAUACUAAGGAUGCAAUGCCAAUCAACAAGGCUACAAUCAUGACUCGAGGAACAACACUUGGACACGUAUCUUUGCUUCCUGAAAAUGACAGAUGGAGUGAAACUAGAUCCCAGCUGCUUGCACAGAUGGAUGUCUGUAUGGGAGGAAGAGUAGCAGAAGAGCUCAUAUUUGGAAGUGAUCACAUCACAACAGGUGCUUCCAGUGAUUUUGACAAUGCUACUAAAAUUGCAAAACUGAUGGUGACUAGAUUUGGAAUGAGCGAGAAGCUUGGUGUUAUGACCUACACUGAUGCUGGGAAAGUUAGCCCUGAAACUCAGUCUGCAAUUGAACAGGAAGUAAGAACACUUCUGCGGGACUCAUACGAGCGAGCCAAGAACAUCCUGAAGACUCACGCAAAAGAACACAAGAAUUUAGCAGAAGCUUUAUUGAAAUAUGAAACUUUGGAUGCCAAAGAAAUCCAAAUUGUUUUAGAGGGAAAAAAACUAGAAGUAAGAUGAUAAAUUCUGGGAUACAGUAGCUGAGAAUAUGAAGAAUGUACAUCUAGCAAUGCAGUAGUCUUUGCAGCAUAGCCUUUUUUCCCUUCCUGAUGCGUGUAUGGUAUUAGUGACACUUAAUAUGCUGUCUCUUGUGAGCUUCUGUUACUCAUCUAUUUGUUGUGUCUCAUCAGAACAAGACACAAAAUAAAGCAAGUUCCUCAUCAUCUGCUCCCUAUGUUCUUCCCACAAGAAGUUAUUCAGAAGGAUAAAUCUCAGGGCUGAAUUCAACAUUUUGAUCCAUUCAGGUGUGUUGCAGCUGAGAAGGAAACCAUACAGAUGUACUGAUUUGGCAUAGCUGCCAAAACACAGCUGGGUCAUGCUGCUACCUGUGUGUUUGAAGUGCUAUGUGCACCCCACAAUAUGUUUUAUGGGUAGUGACAGAUUGAUUUGUAAAAAACUAGUACGUAGUCUAACUAAUGCUAAUACUCUGAAGCUAGAGGUGACUUUUAAAGAAGACUUAAUUAGAAAUGUAACAAAACAUCUCUUAAUGAAGUGGCAGCACAGUGCAUCCUUAUUAAAGGGAACUGUGGGAGCUACAUGUUAGACAAAAGCAUUUGUGGUGGUGUCUUCAGUGCUCUUGGGGUUAAAAUGCACACAUGUGGCUGGGAGAGAAAUUUUAAUGCAGAACCAAUAGACUAAACAUGUGUAAGCCUUUUUGGACCAUGUUUUGGGCAGAACCAUGGCAGGGAUAAGAGAAAUACCUGUGACCUCUGAUGUGCUGCUGACAGGACUCCUAGGGGGUGUUUUUUUUAUUAUUAUUACUGCAGUAGAUGGAUGACAGUGCUCUGAUGACGGUGCUUUUAUACUGCUGGAGAUUCUACAGAACUAGUUUCUACUUGUACUAUGUAUGGGCGUUUGAUAAUCAGACAAUUUCUUCAAAGAGGGCAAAAUUGCUCACUUAAGAUCAGAAAAUGUUUGAAGCAUGUAUUGCUUCAAAUAACAUUCACAGAUCUUUUCUACAGUAGAAGUAGGGAAGUAAAGCCCCUAUUUUCAACCCUUAUAGAAACCUCUGGAAAUUCUAAGAUCGUAAGAAAAAAGUUUUUGAAAACAAAAGCAGUUUCCAAUCAAGUGGAAGUGAUUGCUAGCAAUUGCAUACCAGCAUUCUUUUAAUCUUACGAAACUGGUUUUUAGGUACAACACGUAAUCAUAAUCUUUCUGCAAAAUUAAUUAUAGACUCGUGAGACUAUGAACUUGUGUUGCAGAGAGAGCUCUCAUUAGCCUAUUAAUGUUGGAGGUUGGACACCUUGUUGAAUGGUGAAUACUUGGAUGUGAAAAUAGUUGGGGUGGUGCCAAUAACUGAAUGGAAAUCAGUAUCUAUACUUAAAACUAGAAGUAACAUAGUAUUUUAGAAUUUUCCGAGUGUAAUGCUUGAUUAUAACCUCGUUUUUUAGUAAGAGCACAUGCAUUUUUUUUUCUUUCAAAACCAGGAUAACUUUCUAUCAACCUAUUUUUGUCAGCUUACUUAUAGUGACAUCCCAGUGCAGUGUGGGAGAACUUCUAAGUGUUAUGAAACAGUGUACCAAAUGUCUAGGCUGACCAGUUACAGUUGUACAUGUACAUUAGGAAUAUGCCAACAGAAAUACACUGCAUAUUUGGCAUCUGUUUCUGGAGUAAUAAAGGUUAAUUUUAAUUACACAUUGUUUUUCUUUUUAUUCACUGUAAAUUGCUAUAAAAUGUAACACCAAGUUCCCUGCGAUGUAAAUUGAGAUGUAUAAAACAUUUAAACUUGUAAAUAAAUUUAAGAAUUAUGGCAAAA